GACAACUGGCCAUGUCGCACAAGUGGUAUAGGCUCUCAAUCUCAGGCUCGUUCGCUAAUCCGCAGAACUAUGUUAACAUAUUGUCGAGUGCCAGGUUGUCUUCUAUCACGCCAACGCAAACGCCAAAAUAUAUUCCGGUUACAGGCAGCGUCAGCGAUCUGAGCUUGUCCACCUUGUCCCGCAUGUCGCUUUUGGGCAAACUAAGUGCCAAAAAGUUGGUAAAAAAGCAAACCCCAAAAGUGCCAAGGACCAGGCAAAAAAGAAAUGAAUCUUGCGUAGCCCAGUGCCAGCAGGGUCAAUGCACGGCAGAAGAAUCCCAGCUGAUAAGAAACUUCAUCAGGGAGGUGCGCUAUCGUGAGCUCAGGCAGUACUAUGCCAAAAUGAUUGCCGCCGAGAGAAGCUGGCCGUCGUAUAUACCGAUCAGUUGCAUGUGUUCCGGCUGCGGAUUACCCAAGUUUAAAGUUCCGGCCAAGGAUAUACGUCACAAUGUCUAUUGUUGUGGACCUGAAACUAUGUGCUAAGCGCAGCAUUGGCC